AUGUUACAACAAUUGUACAAGAAGGGAGACGAUGACAGCAGAAACUCUGAGAAAAACCACAAAAACCAAAAUCGCAAAGAUGGAGAUUGUGAGAAAAUCUGCAGAAACCUGAAGUGCAAAGGCAGAAACUCUGAGAAAAACCACAAAAAGCAAAAUCGCAAAGAUGGAGAGUGUGAGGAAUUCUGCAAAAGCCUGAAAUCCGAAGAUACUCUAACACCAAAUGAAUGUGUGGCACUUAUCAAGAAUUUAACUGCAAAUUGCAAGCGACCAGGAAAGAACUUUGAGAAAAUAUUACAAAGGAAAUGCUUAAAAGCAACAGCUAAUUGUGAAACUUCUAUCAAAGACAGCAUUAUACAAAUAUACCCGAAGUAUAAAGCCUACUGUAGAAAAAUCACCAACUCAAAUUUUAAACGAAUUACUCUAGUUGCCAAUUCUUCAUGGGUUGGUGAAAAAACUGCUCAUGCAGAAAAUGUUGACGUUGAGGUCGUGCUCCCAGAGGAAUUGUCCUGGAAAUCGAUGGAGCAGCAGAAUGAUUUUUUGAGCAUUUCUUUUACGUUAUUCAGUGAUACAACGCUGUUUGAGGACGAAAAUAAUAGUACGAUCUUAAACAGCAAAGUGAUCGAAGUCGCUGUAGGAAACACAAGUAUUCAUAACCUCACUGAAUAUGUGAAUCUUACAAUUAAUCACAAGUUAAGCAUGCUGAAUAACAUCUCUCAACACUGUGUCUUCUGGUCUGAAGAUGAAGAUGACAACUCAACAGGCCAUUGGGAUACUACUGGUUGUAAAACGAUAGUUCAGGAUAACCAUACCAUAUGUCAGUGUGACCAUCUGUCCUACUUUGCUGUGUUACUGGACUUCCGUACUACCAACAACACUUUGGAUGAAAAAGUUGUGAUUUCAUUGACCUACAUCACACAGAUUGGUUGUGGUAUUUCUGCCAUCUUCUCAGCCAUCACAAUAUUCAUUUACUGUGUACUCAGGAAUGUUAAAAGUGAUGAUGUCACGAAGAUCCACAUGAACUUCUGUGGCGCCGUAUUUCUUCUGAAUGUGAACUUCUUGACCAAUCUGUGGCUCAGUAUGGUGAACAGUGAUGGUCUCUGUAAGACCAUUGCUGUUUUUCUGCAUUAUUCAUUGCUGUGUACUUUUACCUGGAUGGGAAUUGAAGCAUUUCAGCUGUACCUGCUGCUGAUCAAAGUUUUCAACACCUACAUUAGACACUACAUGCAAAAACUGGCUGUUAUUGGCUGGGGGCUUCCUGUGAUAGUGGUUCUUGUAUGUGUUGCAGUAAACAAGGACAAUUAUGGCAAGCUUGUGUUUGAGGACCAAGGUGGGAACAAUGUUACCUCAAUGUGCUGGAUAACUUACGAUGUGGUUCAUUACGUUACAAACUGUGGCUAUUACAGCAUUAUAUUUUUUGGGAAUGCAAUAAUGCUAAUCAUCAUCUGUGUCAAGCUAUUUAAUCUUCAAAGACAGCGCAUUAAAGAACAAGAGUCAGUUUGGAAGGAUGUGUGGACAGUUCUUGGCCUUUGUUGCCUAUUGGGCUUAAUCUGGGGUUUAGCUUUCUUCUCGUUUGGACCAUUGCAUCUGGUUGAACUAUAUCUGUUCACCAUACUCAACUCCUUGCAAGGAUUCUUCAUGUUCCUGUGGUAUUGUGCUAUGAAAAGACCAUCGAAAGACGAGACAUCAAGUUACACAACCUCAACAUAGAAAAGAAGGAACGGUGAAAGUGCAGUAACUUGUGUUCCACUCACCUUUCGAACGGGUUUCAAAACAAGAAGUGUGUUUUUUUUUAAGAAUCUUACUAUUUGUAAAUUGCUUGAAAUGUGCAAAGUUGUUUGCUGUAUGUAUGGAUUCAGCAUAUGUUCAGAAUCAGCGCACAGAUGCCUAUGAUCCUUUAGCUCGGAAAAUAAUCUAUUCUGAAGGGCAUUGCCAAUAAAAUUAAAUAACUUGCACCAGAUGCAUUUGCAAACCAUACCCCUUCGAUGAGGGCUAGUGACUAGUUGAAAUGAUUUCUUUCAGUUCCGAUUGUUGUAAGGUGAUCAGAGUGAGUUCCAGCUCAUCAGCAAAUACCUAAUCAGAGGAGGGUUCAGCAAUCAAAUCCUUCAAAUUGUUGGAAAGUUGCAGAGGCCAAACUGAUAAGUGACAAGUGGGGGAGAUGGUGGAAUAAUGAUAAUAUCACUCAACUUAUUAUCCCCAGGUUGAUGUUCUCAGGACAUGUGUUUGAAUUGUACCAUGACAGAUGGUGUAAUUUGAAUUCAAUAAAAAUCUGGAAUUCAGACCUAACCUCGGGACUGAGGUGGGGAAAGAUUUCUUCACGCAGAGUAGUAAACCUGUGACAGUUUCUACUGCAGAAGGCUACGGAAGCCAAGUCAAUUAAUACAUUUGAGACUCCAACCCUUCUACCUUUCAAAUGCACCGACCAUCUCAACCGAAUCUAUGAACCCUCCUGUUUCAUCUGAAUUAGAUUUGGAGAGUGUAAACCAUGGCAAGGAUAAAUAUACAUUACACUGAAGACUGGGACCCAAUCACAUGCUUACCUACCUCCAUCCUCAUCGUCUUCAGCUGAAAGGCUCAAGGACGGCCUUGCCAACUCACUCACCCAUCAAAACCCCUAUGUGGGCAAUUACUGUGCCCCUAAAAGUUUCAUCCUGCCACCACUGGCAUUAACUCAGCAGUGGACUGUGGGCAUCUGCGGGCUCCUAAGUACCAUCCUUCAUUUAAAGGCACUCAUUCUCUGACUGAGACACCCAGCAUUGGAAAGGGGCUAGGAUGUCUAUUGAAGGCCACCCCUUCCCUUGAUACCAAUUCUCUCGCCCUUCUCAUACACAUGGCCCACCCAGCAACCCACUCACACCACCAUCAUCGCUCACCUGUGCCCCGGGUGCCUCCUCUUCCCCUGAUCAUGGGGCAAAGCCCUGCCUAAGUACCUGUGGCACAUGAUGGGCCCCCUCAAAAAGAGGCAACUUGGGGCCUCACCUGGAAGCAGUGUUCCUCCCAGCCCACCAUCUGUAUUGUUUAUUGACAGCAGUGUAAUGUUUUUGUAAAUAAUUAGUAAUCAGAUAGAAAUCUAAACAGUUGCUCAAUGUUGGAAAUGACAGCCUUCUUUGUAAUAAGCUCAGGUUAAUCCAACACAAUCUAACCUCAUUCUGAGGCCUAACUUCAUCCGAUAAGCCUAUUGCCACAACAUAAAAGUUAAAAUAAGUAAAAUUCCACCCACAAAAUAAUUAACAGUGCAAAGCCCACUGGAAAGUGUUUUUUUUUGCUGUAUUUUUUGUGCUCAGGAAUAUUUUGUAAUUUUGGAACCAAUGUGCAGGACACAGGCUCUUUGCUGAGUAUUUGAAGAGGUUUCAGAAAGCAUUUUCUGGAAAGUGCUCUCUAACUUAUCAGAAGCACCGACACACCUUAUGUUGAGAUCAUAUAGCAUUGUUUGUUUGUUACAUUUUUGAUCCAUAUAGGAAUCUACACUGUCUCCAACAGUUAACUUCUGUUCAUGUGAAUGUAGUAAGUAUUGUGUAUACAUUUUAGUAGAUUGUUUUUGCUUAUCUAGGAAUGUGCAGGAAUUGUUGUGUAGCUGCUUAGCUAAAGAAGUAUUGAAAAUGAUUGGAGUUAAAAGAAGCUCAAGAUUCUAUGAUGUAAUGAGUGAUUAAUAAAAUAUCACCAGCAACCAUUAGCAAACAUGUACUAUUGCCUACCUAGGAAAUGCGGUAUCACUGGUCACGGGCUGUGUGGGUCCUUCGGUGGCUGAUGAGUCCAAUGCUACAGCUGUAUCUCCACCCACACAUUUUUCAUAGAAAUGAGCAUUAUUUAAAACAAUGGCUAGAAUAUAUCUUGGCGUGAAACUGGUCACAUACGUGUGACUGCAUGAGAACUUGAGUUUGAGCACUUUAGAAGACUGCGAUGUUACUCAGAUUG